AGAGAGAUUUCCGGGAGGCACAUUUUCUGCUCAGGCGUUAACUUGAAACAACUAACGUUAGAUUGAUUUCAGAGAACCCCAUAUUUUCAGUCGUGCAUGGUUAUUAUUGUAGUUCUUCUUGAAUAGAACGAGACAUUAUCGAGCGCGACAUAUUUGUUCUGCCACAAUAAUUAAGUGACAAUAGGCAUGGCUGUAUGGAAACUAAGCAUAUAAGCAGCUCUUGGUGUGCAGCCCAUCUUCUCCACCCGCAAGAAGCAGAGGUAGCCGAAGUAGCAGAAGCAUGGACGUGGUCCUGAGCCGGUUGAAGGGUCUCACGGCUGACGAGUUGAGGGAGGAGAUCAUUAAAGCCAACUUGAAGUGUGGCCCCAUCACUGCCACGACAAGAGCCAUUUUUGAGCGCAAGCUUGCCCGGACUCUAGUGGAGAAGGCUGGACUUACUGAGCCUGAUGGCAGCAUUGAGAACAGUGCCUCGUUAGAAGGCUCUGGGAGUGUAGUGCCACCCAGUGCCACAUCAGCAACCCCAGAUCCGGUCAUAGGCGAGGAUGGAGAUUUCGGGUACGGCAUUGGCCUCAACCCGCCGGAGGAGGAAGCUCUGAGUGGAAUGAUGUGCACUGGGAAUGUGGAGAAUUCACAGUUGGAGGCACAGACUCCCUCUAAAACUGCACAGGUGUCUCCCACCUUCUUCUAUGGGGUGUGUCCAUUGUGGGAGGAUGUAUUGGCUCGGAAUGAGAGAGCCCAUGUGUACACGGAUAAGAAAGAGGCUUUGCAGGCCGUUAAAAUGAUGAAGGGGGCUCGGUUUAAAGCUUUCUCCAAUCGUGAGGAUGCUGAGAAGUUUGCCAAAGGCAUAUGUGACUACUACCCUUCGCCUAGUAAAAGCAAUCUCUGUGUUUCUCCCGUCAAACCUGGCCUGGUGUUUAACAAAGACCACCCAUCUAUGAUGGAGGCAGACGCAAUCAACAGGGAGAAGGCAAACAGUUUUAAAAGUCCUCGGACACAAGAUUUGACGGCCAAGCUAAGGAAGGCCGUGGAGAAGGGAGACGAGAUUGCCUUUACUGAGCUGGUCUGGAGCAAUCCUCGUUACCUCAUCGGGUCAGGGGACAACCCAACUGUAGUCCAGGAGGGCUGCAGGUAUAACGUGAUGCAUGUGGCUGGGAAGGAGAACCAGCCAGGCAUUGUUCAGAUCCUGUUGGACACUCUAGAGAACCCAGAUUUCAUGCGUCUCAUGUACCCAGAUGACCAGGAGAGCAUGCUGCAGAAACGCAUCCGGUAUAUCGUAGACCUGUACCUCAAUACGCCAGAUAAAGCUGGGUUUGAGACGCCUCUCCACUUUGCUUGUAAAUUUGGCUGUCCAGAGGUGGUGAACAUACUCUGUUCUCAUCCAGACAUUGACAAGAACUGCAAGAACAAGUACAACCAGAAACCCAGUGAGGUCAUUUGUGAAAGAAUGAAAGAAAAGGGUAAAGUUCAGGAGGUCAAACAGAAGAUAAAGGAAUAUUUAGAAGAUCGAUUAUACAUCCCCUUAUUGAGAGCCACUGAUAAUUCCUCCCAGCCUGUUAUUGGUGCACCCUGGUCCCCUGAGCCAAUGGAAAACCUGUCACCACGGUUACCCAGAAGCCCAAAGGAUCCAGUUAUGGCAGUCAGAGCCUUUGCUGGGCCUUUAAGUCCAUCUAAAGCGGAUGAGUUCAGGCGGGUGUGGAAGACUCCUCCCAGAGAACGGGCAGACCAUUUCCACAACAUCUUAAAGUCUGACCCAGAGCGUGGGGCAGAAAGAGUUGGCAGAGAUCUGGCCCAUGAGCUCGGUCAUCCCUGGGCAGAGUACUGGGAUUUCCUGGAUAGUUUUGUGGACCUGCAGUCAGCUGACGGCCUAAAAGUGCUUGACGAAUACCUCAGUAAAAAGGACUUCAGGGAGCGCGCUCAUGAGGAGGCUGGAGAGAAUGAAACCAGCAACAGGUUUAAAACCCCAUCUCCUGGCAAACUGAAGAAGUUCUGCAACUCCAUCUCUGUGGGGGCAUUUCUGGAUGAGGGCGAUGACAUCAGCCUGGAGGAGAUCAAGAACAGGCAGAAUGCUGCACUCACCAGUAUUUCUUCUGUGAGCUCCAAAGAUGGCCUGCAGGGGGCUGUAGGGGGCCUUGAAUUUCACAUCCUACCAGUUUCCCACAGUGCUGACCUCAUAGAGGCAGCGGCAGAGCAAGACUUACUGCUUUCUGAGAAAUCCUUGAUCUCCAGCAGUAAGAAUGGCCUGUGCGAACAGGGCCCUGGGGACAGGACACCAAACGAGGACAAAAUGUCUCCUCGGAUCUGCGGUUCCUCUAAUUCCUGCAUGCUGUCACCCAUCUCAAAUCUAAUGGCUGAGUUUGAGAGGAUGUCUCUGUUGGAUGAGCCAGAGAGGACAAACAGGGAGAGAAGAAGGAGUGGAGGGAAACGCCACAGAGACGCCCAGGCCACAGAGCUCACCUCCGGACUGGGCCGCCUCUCACUGUCCUCAGAAGAUGACUCCGUGUUUGAGAAAGACAGGACGUCUGUGUUACGAGCAGCUGAGAAGGAUGGAGUGCAGAGAAUAAAUGAAGUAGAUGGAAGGUCCAGUGCAAGUUCAGAUGAAUUCUUUCUGGCCAGUGAGAGGUUAGAACUUGUGAACCAACAGACUAUAGAGACUUCAGGGGGUGAGCGCACAAUAUGUGCCAGGUCAAAGUCCUGGGAUCAUGGGGGAAGAGACCUCAGCUCAUCAGGGUCUUCUAGCUCUUACAGGUCACUUGACGGCUCUCAGGACUUCAUACUGCGGACCCCUCCCAGAGUGACGAAAAGACUCUUCAUUGAAGGUGAUUCACCCAGCAAUUUGGACAGAGAGGUGUUGUCAGCUUUAGGAGUUACAGAUGUUGACCCUCUGAAGUAUCCCAGCAUUCACAAAUGGAAGAGCACAAUUCAGGCCUUCUCCCCCUCAGAAAUGCAAAGCUGGCCGACUUCUGCAAUGCACAAGAGCCAUUUCAGGGCUCACUCAGUCACCCCUGGCUCUCCAGCGAGUGGUUUUCUGUCCCCCGCGGGCCGUUUCAGCCCAGCUCGUCACAUGGGCUCACCGGACGUCUGCAGCCCCGGACGCUACAGCCCAGCACACUCCAGUUACAGUCCCGCUCAUUCAAACUACAGCCCUGUCAGCUACAUCCAACGUAUCCGGCUAAAACAUUUCGGCGACAGCCCCAUUUAACAAACGCUCUCCAUCCCGUCCAACCCCACCGACAGUUUCUACUGAUUAGUACCUAAAAAAACAACACUAAAUCCAGUGUGGGCUGUUUCAGAGGAUGGAAUAUCACAGAGGCGAACAAUGUCAUAAUGGAAGCCAUGAAAUCCGCUCAAAAUGGGUUCUUAGUGCCAGGCAAACCACACAUAGGAUCUCGCAACAGGCCGUCCUUCAGUUUGAAUGCGCCUUGGUUCAUAGAACACAGCUCAAAUAAUAAUAUGCACAUCUCCUGUGGGUUUUUGAGUCAUCAUAUAUAUAUAUAUAUAUAUAUAUAUAUAUACGGUACUUCUGUGUAUGACACAGAGUAUGUUGAUCUGUGAUGGACUUUUCUAACUUGGUUUGGUUUUGUUUUCCGUUUUCCUUAUCUCGUGUGUGUGUGUGUGUGUGUGUGUGUGUGUACGCAUGCUUGGGAGAAACAUCUAUGGAUAUACAAAGCUGCGUCUUUUAUGAAAAUGAACAAUUUCCCACUUAACAGUCAUUUAAAUUGAUUAAACACAGAAACCCAGAGCUAAAUUAAAAUAAUGUAGUAAUAAAUUAUUUAAUUCUUUUUGCUAGUUAACUGUCAGUAGCACACAAUGCUCGUUUUAAUGGGUAUAUACUGGUUUUUAAGGGAAGGGGAGGGGGAAAAGUCAGCUGACUGCCAGAAGUUCUUUUUUAUUCUUUAAUUGGAGAACUGCCUUAAAUUUCUUAAAGGAAAGACCUUCUGAAUCUCAAAAGCAGGUGUUUAUUCAUGCAUUGUUAAACGCAGCCUUAUGUGUUGGGGAAAAAAAGUGGUCUAUAACGUGUGAAAAAUAUUCCCCUUUUUUAUUUUUAAGUUAAAUAAAUGUGAUUUAUCUUUUCUAUGUAUACAUAUUUAUUUUCACUUUUAAUUCUUUUUGGAUUUUGAUCAUGAGCAUCAGAAGACAUCAUUUGAGCUGUACUGUGUUCAAACACACGCAAAGUUGGUGGUGAUUGAUAACGAGUGCGGAUGGCAAGUCGGUUCUAUCUUUUUACAUAAAUGUCAUAAUAGCUGUAAGACUCGAUUGUGAAUCCAGAGUGUUGUAAGUGCACUUUAAAUGUGUUCGGAAAUGUUCAAAGAUCUUUGUCCCUCAUCCCAUCCUCAACGGACAAUGUUUCAACCUCACCGCUAGAUCGUGAUAAUGCGAUUCUCUCAUUGGCUUUUGAAAUGGACCCAUUGAUUUUCUAAUCAAAGCUACAUGUGCAAAAGCAGAAAAGCUCCAGGUAGCUCAGUUUUAUGUGAUGAAUAUCUCAAGGAAAUGAGUUCAGAACAUCCUCUGUGGUACUUUUCAGAUCAUGUGACCUAUUUCUUCGGUGCCCAUCGUUCUCAGUGUAGUGCUGGCCUGUUGAUCAUUGCUUUGUAAAGCUUUAGUGCCUUUAAUUAUGAUCCGUUUGGAAGGGCCUGUGGCUCCUCGGUGCAUGACAAAUGCACUGAUCACAUACAAGCUGAAUAGACCUUUGUUUUCUCUGUUCUAACAUACAGUACAGUAGCAUUGGCAUAUGCAGUGUCUGAAUACCUCUAAAAUGCGAUUGUAAGAAAAAAAAGGUUUACAGUUUAGUUCUUGCUAGUGUUGUAUCAAUGCCAGCCUUACUUUUUGUUAAACGAUGCUUCGUAGUGCCAACACUGGUGAAUUGAAAAUGAGUUGCAAUUUAUUGUCGAGAAUUUAAUUAUUUUUGUUGUCCUGGCCUUUUACGUUGCAUGCAUUUCUAGUCCUAUUUUAUUACAGUACACGUUAAAGGAAAGUAUUUGAUGUUCUAUUGACGAACGAUAAAUAAAGUGCACAGUCUUGUAACUUUACUGACUUUCUCUGACUGUAGAAGAAAAAGCAACCUUCAUGGAAAUUAGUAGAUUUAGAUUUCAUUUUGGUACAUUACAUUAUUAUUAGAUUUGGUGGUACACUACUUUUCAAAAGUUUGGGGUCGGGAAGAUUUUUUUAAAUGCUCUUGAAAGAAGUGUCUUAUGCCCACCGAGUCUGCAUUUAUUUGUUAAAAAAUACAGUCAUAUGUGAAAUACAAUUUAUAAUCUUUUUGAA